CUUUCUCUUCCCUGCCUGGGAGGGCGGUUAAGUGGACACGCCGAGCACGGAGCCCACCAGGGGCCGUGCUCAUCCCAGACGGUCACUGUUAAGAGCCCUCUGUUCCAAACGCAGUAGUGUGGAUGAUGCUCCUGCAGGAUGCCUUUCCUUUUGGGUCUUAGACAGGUUCUGGAUUUUUCUCCUUACUUUGAUGACAUUUCCAGGGUCUGAGGACGGAACAGGACCGCUCCAUGGCUCUAGAUACCUGCUGCAAAGAGCUGGAGCCGCUGAGGAAGUGGUGGAAUUAAGCCGAGAAUCCUGCUUAACGUGAGGACUGAGCUGCAGCACAUGAAAGAUGAAAACAGGCGUAUCUCUCCUGAAGCACAUCAGUCACAUAGUGCUUUCAACAUUUCAGAUCCCUUUGGCAAACUGUACUUCUUUCUAGGCAAAGAAGAGAAGGAAGCUUGUGUGGGUACCAACAAUCAGAGCUACAUCUGUGACACAGGACACUGCUGUGGACAGUCUCAGUGCUGCAACUACUACUAUGAACUCUGGUGGUUCUGGCUCGUGUGGACCAUCAUCAUCAUCCUGAGCUGCUGCUGCGUCUGCCACCACCGCCGAGCCAAGCACCGCCUUCAGGCCCAGCAGCGCCAGCGGGAAAUCAACCUGAUCGCCUACCGGGAAGCCCACAACUUCUCAGCACUGCCGUUUUAUUUCAGGUUUUUGCCAAACUACUUACUACCUCCUUAUGAGGAAGUGGUCAGCCGGCCUCCAACUCCUCCCCCGCCAUACAGUGCCUUCCAGCUACAGCAGCCCCAGCUGCCUCCUCAGUGUGGCCCCGAUCCCCCCAGGGGCUCCCCCUGCCCUGGGGCGCAGAGCAGCCCCACAUCCGGGCCCAGCAGAAGCGCCACAAGACCCCCCAGCGUCGCCGACCCUGAGCCCUCUGACAUGCCCGCUGACCGACCAGCCACCAAAGUCCCUGGCGUGGAGCCCAGUGGCUCCGAGGCCGGCCUGGGGGAGCUGGAUCUGGCGGCCUUCCCAGACAGGGAUUCGGAGUGCAAGGAGGAGCUGCUGGGGGACUACAGCUCGGAGCGCGGCAGCAAGGACAAGACGGCCGGCAGACAUCGCCGCUUCACCGGGGACUCUGGCAUCGAGGUGUGUGUGUGCAGCCGGGGCCACCACGACGACGACCUCAAGGAGUUCAGCACGCUCAUCGACGACGCUCUGGACGGGUCCCUGGACUUCUGCGACAGCUGCCACGUGCGGCCUCCUGCCGACGAGGAGGAAGGGCUCUGCCAGCCCUCCGAAGAGCAGUCCCCAGAGCCGGGUCGCAUGCUCCUGCCUCGGCCACCUGCGUGCCUGCUGCUGAACACCAUCAACGAGCAGGACUCGUCCAGCUCCCAGAACUGCGGCUCCCCCAGCUAGAGCAGAGCCUGCCUGGACCCCGCAAAGGUGCAGGGUAGGGAGAGCCACGAGAGAAGCAUUACGGGACUGUGGAGGAAGUGGUGUAGCCACUUUGUUCUUUUUGUUUGUUUCUCCUCUCCUCUCCUCUGUUUUCCUGCCUCUCCAGGUCCAGUUUGGGGUGUGGACGCCUUCCCCCAGGAAAGCACAGAGUUGUGCAUAGCUGAGAAGUAGGUUCUGUGACCCAUUCCUCACACCCCACCCCACCGCUCCUCCUCCUUGACCAGUCCUGGCUCACCAACCUGCCUGGGGCAUAGGCAUGAGUCUAAGCCCCCAAGGAAGGGCUGGGACUUCCCCAAGAUGAUUCUGAUGAGGUAGAGGAUUCAUGCUCUGGGGGUUAGUCUUAAGAGAAUUUCGCUGUUUCUUUGUGUAGGAGAGGCAACUGUCUUGACCCUGAAGGCCCAGAGACAGGCUUGGGGUUGUCGCCUGUGACUGCCAGUGUUCUAUAGAGCCGGGGGCUCACUCCUCAGGCGGGUGCAGGCUGUCGGGCAGGUUUGGAGGUUUGGUGGGAGCUUGUGUCCUCUCAGUCCCAGGGAGAGGUCAGUGCACUGCCUCACCCCGCCUCAGGGCCCUUCCAGCAGCCUUGCUGGCUGUGGGCUGCUGUGGGUGUGGAGAUUACACUGCCUUCCCUUCAGUUUUCCUUUACAAACAAGCCACCAAGAAGCAGCAGGCAGGCAAGAGUUCUCCUCUGCACAAGGGAAAUCAGUGGCUCUUAGGCAGGUGGCCUGUGUAAGCCUGUAUAAACGUGGCUGCCUGAGCCAGGAGUGGCCGCACCGCCCUGAGAGGAGGCCCCGACUCCAACCUGUGGGCACCGAGUGCCCUUUCUGCACCUCUUUGCCCUGGUCUGUGCCCGCAGGGACAUGGCUGGGAACAUGUCUCCCUGUCCCUCUGAACACACAGACUGCCCGAGCCGGGGCCUGGGCAGCCUGGGGGCUGUUCUCACAGUAUUUUCUCUUUCACUCUUAGUACAUCUUCUGUUGUUGUUUGCGUGUGUUUCAAGCUGACCACUGGGAAGAAGUACCUUGGUUAUCUGUGGUGUCCGUGCCCUGUCCCUGCCCCCUUGGGUGCAAUGACUCAUUUUCUGUAGCCUGGGUAAAGAGCCUCUGCCGGCUGGGAGGGCAGAGGCAGCCUCCAGCAGGAUGGCAGGCUCCUUCUUAAUAUAGUGUGGCUUCAGAGAAUCCAUUGAAUUUUGCUAGGAACACUCUAAAGGAGAAAGCAAGCAGCUGAAACUACAUUCCCCAACCAGUCCUGUUCACAGGAAACAUUUGGUUUUCCCUGCUCUUGAACCAUGAUAUUCAGACCAGGUGUUGAUGUUACAGUAAGGAAAAAAAUGAAAAAAACGUAUAUGCACAAAGCAGACAAAUCCAAGGGUGUGAAGUGAAGGAGUGUUUGCCUUUGGAUUCCACAAAACCAAAAUCCAUGUCGAACAAAGUGAAAUCUGUACACAAUGACUUUUUGGAUGACGUGUGUGUGUGUGUGUGUGUGUGUGUGUGUGUGUGUGUGUGUGUGUGUGUGUGUGUGUGUGUCUGUGUGUCUGUCAGUCAGCCUAAGCCCUGUGUUCCUGUGAAGAUACUUUGGAUGGCAGCCAUUCUGCUCACCCUACACACAUCCAGAGCAGACAUGGCCCUCUCAAGGUAAUUUAUGCUACGCAUCUAUGUUUACCGAACAAACGUCUGGCUGCCUGGGUGUGCCCAGCAGCACGGCCAACAGCAGCCCCACAGUGGUCGAGAGCUGCGCUGGAGGAAAGGUUCCGCUCUCCUCCUCCUCACUGCGAUUUGCACAUGCUUGGUGGACUCAGGCCUGUGUUCUGUUCCCUGUUGAUAGAGCUAUACCCUAAGCCUGCCACCUCCCUCCACUGCCCCUCCUCCCUGGUGUCGGGUUGUCCACACCUCGGGACAGAACGCAAAGGUGUUUUUCCAGACAAGCUUGCUUGUUCAGUGGCCGCUUGGACCAGCUGUGGCCCAGAUGUGGGCCUGCCCAGAAUGGAAGGAGGCCACAGCAGACACUGCCAGGGCUGGGGCGUGGGCAAGGCUGGUGGUGGCCAGGGCCAGCCAUGAGCAGCCUAGACACCUUUCUUCCUCCACCCAUCCCAGACCACUCAGUGAAGUGUCUCCGAGGAGAACAAGUCUUACCAAAACUGAUCUGUUCAGCUGACUGAUCAAAUGGGAGACUCCUGCCCCUCCCUGUUCCUUUCCCCGAAGGCUGAGGACUGCUUCGGGGCUGCCUGCUGGAGCAAGGGGAACGGAAGGUGUAGUCAGGGCCAACGUGAUGGAGUCUUGCUUCCAGCUCAGUGAGAAGAGCAUUUGGUGGCAGGUUCGGUGCUACAGUCGGAAGAUUAGCAGAGCCAGACACAUUCCCGUGUGAGGCGUAUCACCACUUGUCAGUUCUGGUGACUCUGUGUAUUUUAAGCAAUAAGACUCAGCUGGUCACUUUUCUGGGCAGUCUUGGUGACACAUUUCCUGUGCUGUGAUUGUUCUAAAGACAGAGUGGCUCUAACCACUGUGAGAACCUCAAUUAAAAAUCAAUCCCAAAAAUUC